AGAGCUGAGUUGGGUAGUCAGUGUGUCAAAAGCUCCCGUCAGGAGAAGAUUGCCACGAAGUGUUUGGUGUCUCUCUGUAGAAUAUUUAGUUUGUCUGUGGUGAAGGGUGUUCAAAGUAGAGGCGGAGGAAAAAGGUGUAAAGUCGGAAAGAAAAGUAUAACCUCUUGUGGUGACUUUCAGUGAUUAUCGGUUGCACGGUGGCAAUUGAUCUUAAUCGAAAAAUCACUACUUUCCGGAAUUAGACAAGUGAUUUCAAGGAGAAGGACACACCGAGAACAGUGUGAGGAAGCGUGGCUGCGAGCAAGAAAAGACAAGAAAAUCAACGUAAAAAAAAUGUGAUUUAUUUAAAAAUCAACUGUGUGCUGUGGGAGAACAUCGUAAAAAAGGAGGAAGUAAACAAGGAAUAAAGUUAAUGUGCACUGUGUUUGGGGACAACGGCAGUGAAAGAGUGUUGAAACUGGAAAACUGGGGGGAAAAGCUAAUUAAUUGAUUGUGGAAUCUACCAUAAUACAUGCACAGUAAACUCAAGUUGACGAGAAAGGUGAAAGCUAAAGCCUGUGAUUAAUUACCAGGAAAAUUGAACGACAAAUUGAAUUGAGUGUGAGUUUCCAAUCGUUGAGCGCGGGAGGACGCACUCACCCUUGCAUUUGAGCGGCGCAAUAGUGUGAAAAGGAGAGAUAUUGUCCAGUAGCAGCUCUUCUAUUAUUAUCUUACAACAUGGGAAAGAAGAAUUCUAAACUAAAGCAGGACACAAUUGAUCGACUGACUACAGAUACAUACUUCACAGAAAAGGAAAUUAGACAGUGGCAUAAAGGAUUUCUCAAAGACUGUCCCAAUGGAUUGCUGACAGAGCAGGGUUUCAUCAAGAUUUACAAGCAAUUUUUCCCACAAGGAGAUCCCAGCAAAUUUGCAUCGCUUGUCUUUCGAGUGUUUGACGAGAAUAAUGAUGGCUCAAUUGAGUUUGAGGAAUUCAUUCGGGCACUCUCCAUAACGUCCAGGGGAAACCUCGAUGAGAAACUCCACUGGGCUUUUCGGUUGUACGACGUUGAUAACGAUGGCUAUAUAACGCGCGACGAAAUGUACAACAUUGUGGAUGCAAUCUACCAGAUGGUGGGUCAACAACCCCAGACUGAAGAUGAGAACACACCGCAGAAGCGUGUGGAUAAGAUCUUCGAUCAAAUGGACAAGAAUCACGACGAUCGGCUGACGCUGGAGGAGUUCAGGGAGGGCAGCAAGGCCGACCCUAGAAUCGUACAAGCACUCAGUUUAGGUGGUGACUAACCGUCCUAAGGUGAGUGGGUGGGUCAUCUCGAUGGAGCACAACUGUACAGUAAAUAACACAUAAAGUCCCUCGCCCACAUGGUCCGCAUUUCUUUCUGAUAUUUUCAUCAUUUGAUUAACUGCUGGAACACUCUCCAAUUUAUUAUCCUUCUUGAUUGAAUUUCUGGGUGAACAAUUAAGCAUCAUUUUUCUCUUAACACUACACAGUCUGAUUAACACAAAGUGCUGCAAACUAUCCCAGAGUGUAAUCAAAAGAGAGAGAGAGAGAGGGAGAGAAUAAGAGGAAAGGGAGUAAUUUGUCCUCAAUUUCUCACAUCGCGGGGAAAGAGGACAAAUUUUUACAGGAUGUUACGUGAAAAUGGUAGUGAAACGAGGAAAAAAUGAGUACUCAUCAAUUUUGCUUGUCAGUAUGUUGAAUGUCCUUUUAAUUGCAAUGUUUGUCGGAUUGUUUUUUAACUCGACAAUGAAUUGACAAAAACAACGCACACAAACACUACUUUAAAUGGCAUUUGCUUUAGCAGUUUGUAUAAGAUAAUUUAAUGUAAAAACAUAUACAUAACAUAGGAAGAGACACUCUCUAAGUUGACAUACAAUCGAAUCUCUUAUACUUAUAGACAUUUUUAAAGGAUAUUCACGCAUACAUGAAUUGUACUUGAGACAACAAGAAGGGGUUGAAAUGCAAACAAUCACAGUGAAUAUCCUUUCCAAUAUACAUACAAGUAAAGAAUUACUGAUGAUAUUGCAUAUGAGAAAUAUGGGAAAGUCAAUUCGUAAAUAUACAAUUUUUAAUAAAUAAACUCUUAUUAUCCUAAAGGCAUAUAAAAUAUAUUCAGAAUAAAGAUAUUUCUCAUGAGAACACCCACGUUGAAUGACUUUUAAGACAAUUUUCAUGCUUUAUAAUUUUCUUCACUUCUCCCAUAAAGAGGAACAAGAAAAAAGGAGUGGGAAAGGAGGAGAAAUAAGGAAUUACGUUUUACUCACAAUACACUCGUCUGCGUGAAGGCUAAAGAAUAAUAAAUUGUCAUGUCGCCCCAUCAUCAAAGUCAACUUUUUCAUUUUGCGGUGAAGAUUUUGGCUGAACUGAGAGGAUGAUGGGACAGAAGGAGUGCCGAGUAAGGUACCUUAUUGUCCCUCCAAUGGCAGAAAAUAUCAAGCAGAAAAUUGAAAAUCCCUCCAAUAAAUUUUAUGGAAAGUAUAAAACGUUCAUUCCAAAAGAGGGGAGAAAGUGAUAAAAUUGUCUUGAAGAGUUAUUGAUAUGUUUUGUCAACUUCGACUCUUGCGUAAAGUGAAGGAUGAACAAAAAAAAAUUUACUAAUGUAGCAAAAAGGACAGCAGAAAUUUCGAGAGGAGAGAAAAACUUCAUCUAGAGACAAUCUUGAUAAAUUUCAAGAUAAAUUCAAUGUAAAUGCUAACAUUAAUCAACACCUUAGUAAAUUUACAUACUUUUACUAUAGUGUGAGAGAGUAAUACUGUAAAGAAUUAAUUUUCAUAAGCAAUUUGCCUCAUUUCUCAUCAAGUGAGGCACAUACACUCUAAUAAUGAAGAAGGAUAAUAAUAAAUAAGGGAAUAAUUAAGGAAGUUACACCAAUAUGAAUUACUCGACGUGGGAGAAAAACAGUAAAAAUAUGUAAAAAAAAAAAAUGAUUGAGGUAUUAAUAAAGUAACUAAUUAAGCAUGAGUAAUUGCUAAGAGAAAAAAAAAACAAUUAGAUGCCGCGUGAAAAUUUUAUUUGCUCGUAGUAAAUAAAACCGAGAAGUAUAAGAAAUUUCAAGAAAAUAGAAAGAAGAAAUGAAAUCUCAUAAAUGUUGUGCUUUAUACAAUAUUGAAAGAGCAGGAGAAUGAAACAUGUUUUCAGCAGCAUUACAUCUUCUCAGUUUAAAUGCAUGAAACUAAUAAACGAAAUGUCCUGCGCAAAGAGUAGUAUUAAAUAUAAAUUUGAGGCCUAAUAUGCGAUGUACUCACAUUGUUCUUCUGCAGAUCUUGAAGUCUUUCGGUUGUUUGAAAGCUUAAAAAUAUAAUGAAAUAUUCUUCGGGGAGGAAAAUUUAAUACAAUAAAAGGCAACUUUAAGUGGAAAUCCGCUCGAAAUAAAUAACGAAAAUACAUGAAAGGUAAAAAAAAACAUUGUUUUUUCCACAAAAAAAAGAGAAACGCACUGCAAAAGCCGUCCUUUAUGUUGCUGAAUUUAUUUGAAGUUAACUCUGUAGUUUGGAUGACAAAAAAAAACAACACGACAAAAUUUUAUCCUCUCUGAUUUAUCAGGCAAAAGUGCAAAAAAAAUCCAGCACCGAAAUAAUUUAAUUAAAUUGCAACUUUCGCUAUGUUUCCACAUACAAUGAGAGAAUUGCGACAGAGGAAAAAUUUAUUCUGUACUGCUUCCUUUAUUUUAAACUUUCUGUGAUAAAAUACAAUCAUAAAAUAUGCAAUAUGAUGAUAAGAAAAUGAAGUUAUUAUGGUAGAAAAAAAAAUUGUGAAAUGAGCAAAGGUUUAAAAUCAAGUUUUGAGAGAGAGUUAGAGAAAGGAUCGAAGGAUGAAAAAAGUUAUUGCGAAUUGAAUCGAAAUUUUUUUCCGAAAAUGGAGCAACUGAACUUUGUAUAGAAAUGGGCUUUGUUUCUUUCUUUAAAAAAAAAAAUGUAUUUAUACAAAGGAAAAGGUUUUGAAUGCAAUAUAAUAUUGAGAAAAAUAACAAUUAUUAUGCAAAUAUUGCAGUAUUUUCUAAAAUGAAAGGAUAAAACGUUUACGUACUGAAAGUUGUUGGUGUUAUACUUAUUAGAAGGUGAAAUAAAAUUCGCGUAUUUAAACCAAUAAUUAAAAAAAAAAUAUGAAGAAUCGUGAGGAUUCGAACAGAAGUGGGCUUAAAUCUUUAUUUCAAUUGCCAUUGCAAAAAAAACAAGAUUGAUUACAUAAAUUAUGUAUAUAAUUAUAGAUAAUAAAGAGCAUUACAUAAAAAUUGGAAAAUUAAUUACGGGAUUCCAUUCAAGUGAUCCGCAAAAAUAUUAUUAGAGGCAAAGUAUAUUUUAGCGUAGCCUUAAGGGGUUGACUAAUUGCUAAGAUAUUGAAGUGGACAAAGAGAAAGAGCAAGCAAAAGUAUGUAACAAUUAGAAGAAAAAAAAUCAAAAUUCUUAUGCUAAUAACUAUACAAAAAGGUAAAACUUAGAUGAUAAUCCUAAUCAUCAUCUCUCCUUCGAAGGAAAUCACAGUAAACUAAACUCUUAUUCGCUUUUUUGUAAUAACCCAUGACGUCUAGUCUAGAGUUACAAGAUAUUUGAAAAAGUUCUUCAAAUCCUUUUCCAGAGAACAGGAAUAAAUAGAAGUAUAUAAUUGCAUAAAUCUUAAGAAGAACAGAGUUUUUAGCUUACAAAUUUAAAAAACUACUUAAAAUGAUUAUUAAAAGCAAGAAAAAAAAACAUUAAAAGGAAAAUACUUCAAAAUUUCUCAUAUUCUGAUAAAAGACAUGUUUUAAAAAAUAUAAAGAAAAACAUAGCUGAGGAGGAUUAAGCUCGCCCACAGCGAGAUUGCAUGCACAUUUUUGUGGAUUUAGAGACAGAGGAAGAUGAGGGAAAUUUUAUCAUAACAUUCAACGGAAAACUUGAUGGGAAGAAUGCGAUGGGACUUACAGAAAGAAAAAAAGGAAGAUUUAAAAACUUAUAUAAGGCAUAAUCUUGUAAGAAAGUUGCUCAAACAUUUUUCACGCAUAUUUUUCUCAUGUUACUCAUUUCUCUUCGAGCUUCAUAACUUAUACAUAAAAUAUUGCGAAUAGAAAGCUUCCUUUUUGCGAUAGUUUUGUAAAUUCCACUGCACUGUUAAAUAGAAGACACGAUAAACUUGCCUUUUUGCUUCACGUUCAACAAAAAAAUUAAAUCAUCAAAAGGGUCGCCUUUGUAAGAUUUCUCCCUCUUUUUUUGUCUAUUACGCUAACCUGCAAAAUUAGAGGUGAAAAUUGCAUGAAGAAACUUCCUCCCCUCCUAAAUUCAUAGUCUUUUCUUCAAACCUUUAUUCCAUCGCCUUUGUCACUCCCGUGAGAAAUAUGCUAACUAGUGCGAGAAAAGUUUCACGAGAAAGUCCAGUAAUUGCUGAACGAAUUAAAAUCGUAUUGUCGUUGGCAAUUAAAGAACAGAGCGAAGGAGAAAUCUCGAAAAGAAUUUUCAUAUGCUAUUUGCUCAAUUGUUACUCCACCCAAAGAUGUUUUCGACGCGAAGCAGACGAGAAAGAAGUUGUUAGUGAGAAGAGGUGAAGAAAUAAAAAAACUAAAUUGUUACGUGAAAAACAAUAAGGGAAAAAUGGUUUCCAAUUUUCAAGAGAGGACGACACUCAUUAAGAAGGACGAUCCUAUCUUGCUAUUCAUUUCCCUCCACUUGAUUUCAUUCUUUGCAUUCCUCCCCGCCAACAAGAAUCCACCCACCCACUUGUUAAAGAAGAAAUUAAGGCAAAUCUUGAGAAGUUCAUUCGACAAAAUAGAAUCUAUUUAGCGCUCAAAAUCACUUUAUCAUGACACUCUUCAUUGUAUUUUCUAAUCAUUGUCAAUAAAAAUAGGAGAUAUCAAAUUUUGGACAAAAAUUCACACGCAAACAGCAAGACAAAACAAUUAAAAGAAAAAUGCACCAGUCGCCAAAAAAAUGUAAAAGAAAAACACCUCAACAUUGAAAAGAAAAUAAUAAUAACUCAACUUUGACUGAAAGAAAA